AAUACAAUAAGAAACUUUGAAGGGGAAUCUUCUAAUAUGGAGUUUGUUAGAAAUGAGGUAGAUGCAUUAUACCAUAAAAUGGUAAUUGAUGCAAUGGGUGCACAAUCUGAAUACAAUGACGGGCCAAUGGCUGAGGAGCCAAAUAGUAAGGCAAGAGAAUUUUAUGAUCUCUUGCAUGCUGCAGAAGUCCAUAUAGGUGCUGGGGGACAAGAUGUUACAGUACUUUCAUGGAUGGCAGAAAUGCUAAACAUGAAAACUCUUUAUAAUAUGAGUGCUGCUAAUUGGGAAAUGGUAUUGUCAUUGAGUCGAAAGUUGUUGAGUCCAGAGGACCAAGAAAAGGUGCCAAAGGAUUUUUAUAGUGCAAAAAAAAUGAUAAAUGUGCUUGGACUUAGGUACAAGAAAAUUGAUAUUUGUGUCAAUGAUUGCUUCUUGUACUAUGAUGAGCAAAGUAAGAAUUUAACUAUUUGUCCAGUGUGUGGAGAAUCUCGUUAUGAGCCAAGGAAUAUGUCUGCUAUAAAGCUGAAAGAUGUUCCAAGGAAAUUUUUGUGGUACCUUCCAAUUACCCCAAGAUUGCAGCGACUAUACAUGUCUAGAAAAACAGUAAAGCACAUGACAUGGCAUUUGAAAUGUCGUGAGGAUGCGAAUGAAGUUAUUCAUCCUGCGGGUAGUGAGGCAUGGAAACACUUUGAUGAAACCCACCCAACAUUUGCUGAUGAACCUAGAAAUGUUAGACUUGGCCUCUGUACAGAUGGUUUCAAUCCAUUUGGUUGCUCUGCAAUGCCUUACUCUUGUUGGCCUGUUUUUCUUACAGUGUACAACCUUCCUCCUGAAUUGUGUAUGAAGUUAGAGCAUAUAUUUCUUGCCAUGAUAAUUGUUGGACCUAAAAGUCUAGGAAAAAACAUUGAUGUCAUGCUUAAGCCAUUAAUUGAUGAACUUAAGGAAUUGUGGACAAAUGGGGUUGAAACUUAUGAUAGUUUCAGACAACAGAAUAUUAUCAUGAAAGCUACAUUGCUAUGGACUAUAAGUGAUUUUCCAGGAUUUGGUGUUUUUCAUAAUUGGGUGAAACGUAGUAUAUUUUGGGAAUUGCCAUACUGGAAGGAUUUAUUGAUUCAUCAUAACCUUGAUGUCAUGCAUUGUGAGAAGAAUUUUUUAGAUAACAUUAAAAAUACUGUCAUGGAUGAAAAGGGUUGUACGAAGGAUAACACCAAUGCUAGAUUGGAUUUACAACUAUAUUGCAAUAGAUCUGAAUUAGAAUUGAUACCUCAAGAUGAUGGAACAGCUAUAAAACCCAAUGCUUCGUAUGUUCUUACUCGAGAGCAACGAGCUCUUAUCUGUCAGUGGCUGAAGGAAUUGAGAUUCCCAGAUGGAUAUGCAUCCAACAUAGCACGAUGUGUUAACAUGCAGGAACUUCGAUUGUUUGGGAUGAAAAGUCAUGAUUGUCAUGUAUUCAUGCAGUGUCUCUUGCCAAUUGCUUUCCGUGAUUUCCUCAUAGAUGAAGUUUGGGGUCCCUUAACUAAGAUGAGUAACUUUUUUAGAGCUUUAACUGCUUCGAUUAUUCAAGUCAGUAACAUGGAGAUGUCGGAGGAAAAAAUUGUUGAGACCAUUUGCAAGUUAGAGAAAGUAUUCCCGCCAGCAUUCUUUGACUCGAUGGAGCAUUUGGCUAUCCAUCUAUCAUAUGAGGCAAAAAUUGGACUUGUCCAAUUUCGUUGGAUGUAUCCUUUUGAAAGAAAAGGGUGGUUUGCUGCAUGUAAGAUUAGAGCAAGAGCAAUAAUCGACACUUCAUCGUUGAGUGACGGUGGAAAUGUUUAUUAUCAAGACGAUGAUCCUCCUAUGCCACCAUUGGCGCAACGCUCGACCAGGACAUAUUAUUGGGAAGAGGAUGAUGCUUGUGUGUAUAAAAUCUGGAGAUUACAUUGUCGAAACCGUUUUCGAGACGAGCUUCAUCAAGCUCAAAAGGCAUGGGUCAGGGACAAGAAGUUGCCUGAGUUCAUGCAUAAGGAUACCUUUAAAAUUUUGCUGGCAAAAUGGAGGAGUCCAAAAUAUAUUGCACUCCAAGAAAGAGGUCGGCAAAACCGAUCAAAGGGUGACCGUGUGACCCACACCACACAACUGGAUGCCUUUCUAUUGGGAUCCAUGAGGAUCGACUGGUUAGCAGCUAAAAGAGGAGGAGUUAGGCCGACACCUUUAGAGUCGUACUUGUUGAGUCAUACGACUCGUCGACCGAUGCUCCAGAAGAUACCCCACCCGCUUGGAUAUGAUCCAGCAGAGCAUGGUAUCCCUUGGCGACGAUAUGACAUGAGUGACGCCUCCUCUUCUACCACCAGGAUUCUUACGGCACAGGUUCAACAGUUGCAGUCUAAGCUUACUCAAGUUAGGGAAGAAAUGGCUGAGCGAGUUCAGACAGAGGUGGCCGCACGUAUUCAUAUAGAGGUAUCACAGAGAGUAUCAGAGAUGGAGGCCAGCUUUGAGAGGAGAUUUCAAGAGCACAUGCGCUUACUUAGCCAGCAAUACUCUAUGAAUGCUACACAACCCCAAACUGGUUAUCCUUCUUCUGCACCACCUCAGACUGCUGAUCGUUCUUUUGAAAGAUUUAGACCUGAUCACUUCCCACCUCAUAGUUAGAGACAUUGAUAUUUGAAACUUAUAUUAUAUAUGUUUAUAUAUAUGUACUGCGUAUGUGGAUAUAUGGUAUGUAGGAUGAAAAGUUAAUAUAUAUUCUAUUAACUU